UUGAAGCGGUUGAAGAUACAUUGCACCUCUUUAGACUAGUAUGUUCCUUGCAUUGCACGGUUUCAAUAAAUUAAAGUAUUUUGUAACAUAACAAUUUACUAUAGCUUUAUAUUACAUAUCAUACUCAUUAUGACAAUAAAAAUUAUUAAUUGACAAUAAAAAUAUCUACAGCGAGCAGAGGUGAUUGUAAUAAUGUGUGAUGUAUACAAUUCCAUCAGUAGUUGUAAAUAACUGAAAUAGUUUCGCCUGGUGGUAUAAUGCCUUCGAAAUUUGAAAGAAAUAGUGAAUUUUAUAUAUGAAACGAAUAAAAUGAUGUUGGGAAUAUAUGAUACUUAUGAAGAAACAGUGGAUACAGAAGAUGAUGAAUAUGUUGGCAGUUUAUGGACAUAUACAGUUAUCUGUGGGGAACCUACCAUAUAUGAAGGGCUGAGAUUUGCUAAAGACUUAAUAAUAGUUAAUAUACUUCUUCGUAUAAUCAUACAAUUUGUGUCGCUUCCUCAUAAUGUGCGUCACAGCUUAUCUCUAGUUAUUGGGAGCUUUCUUCUUUACUAUAGUAUUGGACCAGCUCUUGUAUGGACAGUAGGAUUGUCAACUAGUGCCUAUAUUUUGAUAAUAUUACUAUCCUGUGUAACAAAAAAAUAUAGAGGUUUAAUAACUUCACUUUCAGUAAUUGCAUUUCUGUUAGCAUGUGAAAUCUAUGUCUUAAAUCCGAAAAUGUGGCAACAAAUAAGAGGGGUUCAGAUGAUUGCAGCAAUGAAAAUCAUAUCUGUGGCAAUUGAGUUAGACAGGGGCCUUUAUAAAUGCAUGUUAAAUCCUGUAGAAUUUGGAGGAUAUGUACUAUGUCCUGCUAAUUGUAUUUUAGGUCCAUGGAUUUCAUUCCAAUCUUAUAAUCAGUAUUUAGAAGUAAAGUUUUUAAGUAAGAGGUGGUUAAAAAUAAUUUUAGUAAAUCUUUUCAUGUCUUUGUUUUUUUUAGUUUUAUCAAACUGUAUUGUACCAUGGUAUAUUGAUGAAGAAACAACAAAAUGGCUUGUAGCAUAUCGGGAUGCUCAAGCCUUUAGAAUGUCUCAUUAUUUUGUAUCAAGUAUGUCAGUUGUAUCAAUGAUUAGUGCUGGUUUUGGACUUACAAAUGACUGUCAUUCAGAACUACAAGUGACUAAACCAACUUUUAUUGAAUUACCAAGAUCUUUAGUGCAAGUUGUAAUAUAUUGGAAUAUGCCAAUGCACCAAUGGUUGAAAAAUUAUGUAUUUAAAACUUGUCAAGUCUAUGGUCAGUUUACAGCUAUUCUUGUCACUUAUGCAGUUUCAUCAUUACUUCAUGGUUUAAAUUUCCAAUUAUCAGCAGUACUUCUAAGUAUUGGAACUUUUUCUUAUGUGGAAUAUAAUUUUAGAUAUAAAGUAGCAUCAGCUCUAGAAGUGUGUUGUUUGGCCAACCCUUGUACAAAACAAUGUGACCACAAGUACAAAAAAAAUAGUUUACUCACUAUAUUUAUUAAUACUCUGUUUUCUGUGAUAACUAUUAUUCACCUAGCUUACUUAGGAGUCAUGUUUGAAGCAUCAUUUUCUGUUCAAGAGUCUGGUUAUUCAUUUUACCACACUAUAAGUAAAUGGAAGAAUCUCAAUUACUUCAGUCAUGGAUUCAUAGCAUUUAUGUAUUUAAUCUAUAUAAUAAUGUGAUGAAUAUAUGUUGUAGGCAAUAUUUUAUAACUUAGGUACUUAAUUUGUAAAAAGUAUAAUGUGUCAUUAAAUUUAUCCAAUUAUUUUAUUAGCAUUGUGUGAUCUCAUUUUUAUUCAGUAUUAUUAAAGGCUUCCACAGACAUCAGUAUUUAGAAUAUGAUUUCGUAACUUACAAUGAUCCUAUAAAAAGCAUUGCUUCAUUAUUAUUAAUACAUUCUGUGAUAAUAUUAAUUAAAGUGCAUUAUAUGAUUAUCUAUAAGAUAUAAGUUCUAUAAUCCAGUUAGUGUUAAAAGUAGUUUAAUAUUA